GAGACAUCUCGUUGCCUUACCUUAUGCCCUCCCCUCCUUCCCUCUCCCCUGCGCCCGACUUCCCCGUCCAGCUCCCAUGAGCCAUCGCAGGGGCUCGCCUAUGUGCGUCGCAGCCUUGCCCGCCGCUCCUCCUCCGCGCGCCCCUCUCGCGCUGCUCCUCGCCUACACCGUCGCCUUCGCGCUGCUCGCGCUCUGGGCUCUCUCCGCCCCCUCCUCCGCCAUCUGCUCCCCGCUCCUGUCGCCGCUCUUCCCGCCGCCCCCCCUGCCCGCAGCUGGCGGCCACGCGGGCAAGGCAGAGGGGGCACGCGGGUCGCAAGAGGCGGAAGGGGCGCAAGCAGCAGAGGUUCACGGAGGAUUGGAAGGGGAAUCGCGGGAUGCAGAGAGGUUAGAGGGAGUUGAAAGGGAUGGAGAUGACUCUAGCGAGGCGGCCAGGGGAGCAGGGGAGAUGGCAGCAGAGGCGCAAGCAGCGCCUCCGCGGUUCAUGCUGUACCGGCUGAUUGGCAACAACAUGGCGCCGCUGCAGUGCGCGGGACAGCUGCUGCGCAACACGCUGUACGCGUUACAGCACGAGGCGCGCGCGUUGAGGGAGUGCCGGCGCGUGUGGGUGCUGAACCACAUCGUGAACGGCACGGAGCAGGCGCUGCUGGUGGACGCGCUGCUCGCCCACGGCGUGCUACAACAGGACAUUCUAAUCCGCCGAAUCAACUACUCGCACAUCGCCACCCUUCCUGAAUCCUCCUGGACUGACGCGGUCACAGCGCAGAACGAGGCGCGCAACUUCAUUCUGGAGCACGGCAGGGCGGCGGGCGCGCGGUGGAUCCUGGCGUUCGACGGCAACCAGUUCAUCACCGCAGAGGCGUGGGACCUCAUCCGCCGCGCCGCAGCCAGACACGAGGCGGCUGACCUGAAGCUCUUCAAGGUGCCCAUGUACCGCGUGCACCAGGAGCAGUCGCCUCGCUGGCUGGCGUCUCGCACACGCUUCCAGGGCGUGCAGCGCUUCGCGCCGCAGAUGUGGGAGAGCCAGGUGGCCUUCCGCAACGACUCCCACCACCGCUACACCGAGGGCAUGGCGUACGGCAAGGACAACAAGCUGGAGCUGAUCGACCGCGUGUGCGGCACGGGGCGCUUCGAGCAGGAGGAGAGGCAGCGGCGCAGGCAGCAGGCGGAGCAGCGGCGGAGGAAGAAGCAGGAAGAGCUGAGGAGGCAGAGGGAAUCACAGCAGCAAGGGCCAGCACAGCACGAGCAGGCACAGCAAGGCGCGGCACCGGAAGGGCGGCGCUUGCUGCAGGUGGAGUGCGGUGCAGGGAGUGGCUCUAACUCCCGUGGGCGCGACUGUGCAGAGGGAGGGCGUGCGGAGAUGACUCAUAGUGGUGGGAGAAGAGUCAUGGCAGGCGAACAAGGGGUGGAGCAGGGUGGUGUGGGUGGGAGAAGAGCACAGCAGCAGCAGCAGCAGCAGCAGCAGCAGGGGGAGGCACUGCCAGCGGACACGGGGCAGUGCGGGUGCCACAGGGAGGUGGGGCGCGACCACCGCAUCAAGGAUGCGGAUCCCGCCAUUGCGGGCAGGUGCGGGUACACGAUGCGGCUGUGGUACUUCCCGUGCCCCGGGGUGGAUGGCGCACGCAUCUUCGUCGACAAGCGGUACCGCGCCGCGCUAAGGGACAAGGGGUAUCAGCUCCUGUCGCAGCAGAUCCGGGAUGCAGUGAGGCACGCUGUGCGCACUGGGGAGGUGUCUCAAGGCUAGAUGUGAAUCACACCAUACACUAGGAAGCAGGAGGUGUGUCAACUCAAGGCACUGCCUUCAUUAUCUCGAGUUAUAUAAUGUCAUCCUUCAAAAUCAGCGUAAA